GUAAAAUGCAACGAAGCUGUAACUGCGCCAGCAGCAGGCAGCACUUUGCGCUGCCCGCGUAUGCGUCGCAGUCGUAGAUUAGCCACGCCUGGCAGCAGCAGCAGAGCAAAGACUGUUCAGUCAGGAUUCAAAUGUCGUCGUCGAACAACGGCGGCAUCAAUAGUGCCACAAAUGGCCGCAGUGGCAGCACUGGCAGCGCCAACAUAAACCUCAAUAUCAAGGCCAAGGGAGGGGCAGCCACAGCAGGUGGCAGUGCCGCGGCGCAUAAAACGUUGCCGGAUCUGAAGACGCAGCGCAGCAAUAGCAGCGCCGGCACAGGCAUUCGUGUGGUGACCAAACCCUUUGCCACGCAUCGACGGGACAGCUCGCAUGUGGAGAAGCCGCCAGCAUUGGAGAAGCCGCUGAGCUAUGCCCCGCCACAACAUGGCAAAACAGUUGUUUACAGCAAGGAGGCGAAGGAGGGCCAUUUGGUCUACUGCGAGGGCAAACUAAUGUCGGGCACGCUGUCGAGUUUGAUUAUGCAUAUGGUGCCCACACAUGUGUACUUUCCGGAUCAUUGUUAUCUCUUUGCGUUUCUGCUGAGCGCACGUUUGUUUAUACGGCCACACGAGCUGCUCGCUCAAAUCUCCGCCAACUGGGAGCAACAACAACAGGCUGGAAUCGAUGUGGUGGAUGAGGCGGUGGCAGCAGCACCACCACUGGCACUACACUUAAACUCCGCCUCGCCGUUGACUCAACGCAAGGGCGCUGCAGCAGCUGCUGAGCUGGAAUUGGAGCCCAAGCCGCAGCAGCGCAGCAUGAAGCAGAUUUCCGCACAGCACUGCAUACGGCUGUUGUCCGAGUGGAUCGAGAUCUUUCCGUAUGACUUUCGGGAUGAGCGCCUGAUGCAGCAGGUGCGCAUCCUAGCCAGAAAAUGCGUCUUCAUUGACAACUCGCUGGGCAAACAGGUGUCAUGCAUACUACAAUUGCUGGUGCUGCGACUCACAGCGCUGGAGAAGUACGAGGAGUUCUUGGUCAACAGCGAGAACACCGACCAAGCCGCACAGCAAUUGCCGCAACCAGCACAUCAUCAUCACCAUCAUCUUCAUCAUUUGCACAAUCCGUUUCAAACAUUCUUGGGCAGCUCGCACACAGCGUCGAGUGCACACACUACAAAUGGUAUUACAGCAAGUGGCGGCGGCUCAGCGAGUGCCACAUCCAGCAACAACUCCACGAGCGGCAACAACUCGGCGUCAAGCACCCCACAACCGGACGAAGUAUUUGGGAUUAUGGACAUUUGUGUCAGCUGCGAGCAUUUGGCACAUCAGCUAACGGCCAUUGAACUGGAGCGUCUCUCGCACAUUGGACCCGAGGAGUUUGUGCAGGCAUUUGCCAAGGAUUAUCAGCAGACCAAAGGCGCAUCAACGGAUGGCAAUGCGGGAGGCAGCGGCAACGGCAACGGCAACUCACUUAACGAUAUGAAAAAGACGCGCAAUUUAGAAUCGUAUGUGCAGUGGUUCAAUCGGCUCAGCUAUCUGACGGCCAGUGAAAUUGUGAAGUAUCCCAAGAAGAAACAGCGAGUGCGCGUUAUUGAAUAUUGGAUUGAAACAGCACGUGAGUGCUUCAACAUUGGCAACUUCAACAGCCUAAUGGCCAUUAUAGCUGGCCUUAAUCUGGCGCCCAUAGGCAGACUCAAAAAGACCUGGUCUAAAGUGCAAUCUGCAAAAUUCUCCGUGCUGGAACAUCAAAUGGAUCCAACAUCGAAUUUUAAUAGUUAUCGCUCGACGCUUAAAGCUGCCAUGUGGCGCUCCGAGGGCGCUACAGAGGAACGCGAACGCAUAAUCAUUCCAUUUUUUAGUUUAUUUGUUAAGGACUUAUAUUUUCUGAACGAAGGCUGCUCGAAUCGUUUGCCAAACAAUCAUAUCAAUUUUGAAAAAUGCUCACAACUCGCUAAACAAGUCAUGGAGUUCAACGAAUGGAAAAAGGUUUCCUGCCCAUUUGAGAAAUUGCCGAAUGUCAUUGCCUAUUUGCAGCACAAUGCAGUGCUCAAUGAAAACUCGCUGGCAAUGGCAUCCUUUGAGUGUGAGCCACCGGAUAACACUGAGGAGAAGGAUCGCUAUAAAACUGUGAAAGCCGAAACGAAGCAACAAUUGCUGCAACAAUUACAGGAGCAACAACAACAGCAGCAGCAGCAACAACAGCAAUAGUUGAAUCUUAAGCUACAAACAUAUGUUUAGUGUAAUUGUUUAAGCUACGCUUAAGUGCUUGCCAUGUUUAGUUUUUUUUUUUAAAUUUACAUAUUUUCUAUAAGUCUAUUAUUAGUUGUAGGAGGGAGUAAGUUAAACUUGAAGUGUAUUUAAGACGCAUGCGUGGCAGCUUUUAUUUUAUUUCUACUUUCUAUAACCAACUGUUAACUUACUGAAAGAUUACUCAACUUGUCUUACUUAAUUUCUGAGCCGCUAAGCAUGCGCUUAAAACCAAACAUAUUCUACGAAACGCUAAGCAUCUCCAGAAUGUUGCCAGUAAACAAAUUAAAUUAAUUUAACUAUGCACUUAAGCAACAACAAAUGCAACAGAAGCAUAA